UAAGAACACUUAUUACAUAUAUAUAUAUAUAUGUAUAUUAUAAUGCGCUUAUAGUUAUCAGCGUAUUAGUUGCUUUGUAGUAUUUACUAUUUAGUGGCGUAGUUAUUCCAUGCUUCUAAUUGUUGUGUAAAUAGAUUUAACUAAUUUCAUCAUUAUUCAUAACAAUUGUUAUAACUAACACGUGCUGGGAUUUGUAAAUUCUUUAAAUUAAAUUCAUUUUGGGAACUUAAUAUUAUCAAACUUUAAAAAUAUAUAUAUAUAUUUAUUUAUCUGAAAUGACUCUUAAUCGUCCAAAACCAAGUGCUAGUCCAUCAGAUGAUUCAGCUGUUGGUGAUAUGAAUAGUAAUGGAACAAGUACAACAAGUAGUAGUAACGGUGAAGCAUUAUGUCCGGAAACUACUUCAACGACAACAACAGAAAGUUUAACUGAAUCAUAUACAAAACUAGCACUAACUAAACGACAAACAUCUCUUGUCAUAGAAUCUACCGCCGAUUCAAAUGAUCCAGGGAAAAUGUUUAUCGGUGGCCUCAGUCCUACUACAACAUCUGAGGGUUUACGGGACUAUUUUCAAAAAUAUGGUGAGCUUAGGGAAUAUAUGAUUAUGCGUGAUCCUCUCACAAAAAGAUCAAGAGGUUUUGGAUUUAUUACAUUUUCUGAUCCAGUAUGUGUGGAAAAAGUCCUUGAAACAGCUCCACAUAUUUUGGACUAUAAAAAGAUUGAUCCAAAACUUGCUGUUCCUCGUAAAUCUGGUCAAAAUACAAAAGAAUGCGACCCUCCCUUUGUCAAUCCUUACUUUUACUCCUGCAUUGGAUCCUCCUUGUUCCCCGACGAUGCUGUUCAGGUAUCUACAAAAACUAAACGUGUAUUCAUCGGUGGAGUUGCAACACAAACAACAAAUGAAGAAUUAAGUGAAUACUUUAGUCAAUUUGGCAAGCUAGAAUCAUGUGAAUUAAUGAUGGACAAGUCAACUAAUCGACAUAGAGGCUUUGGAUUUGUUACUUUCGAAUCAGAAGAAUCAGCUGAAAAAGUUUGUGAAAUUCAUUUCCAUGAUUUGCAUAAUAAAAUGGUUGAAGCUAAAAAGGCCGUUCCAAAAGAAGUGAUGAGUACAAAUAAUUCCUUGAUUAAGCAACGACAUCAGUUUAUUCGUGCUCCAAUUUCACAUUUUCUUCCUGCUCAGUUGAAUGGAGCUGCAGCGGCGGCUGCAGCAGCUGCUGCUGCUUCAUAUACAUUAACAGCAACAUCACCAAUUACAGCACGUCAACCAAGUGCCUAUGCUUACUUACCUGGCUAUUAUCUAUCUCCAGGUGAGUGUCCUCUAUCACAACCCCUCUCAGUCUUCUUACCUCCAACUGCUAUUCUUCCUCCAUAUGCUAAUGUAAUCUCCAUGACCUAAAAAUAAUGUUAUUUAUAAUAGUCAUAACUCAGUGAAAAUGUAAUAUCUAUCUUCUUAAUGGGUAUACAAAUAUAUAUAUAUAUAUAUAUA